AUUGUGACUUGGAUUUUUGUAGUUUUGACACUAAACGACCUUCGUGCUUUUGUGGGUAGUUCAGGUUCAUGCACUGUGCUUUACGUUGUCUAUUAAUGAUUCACAAACAUUUGAGAAAUAGUCGCAUUAAAAGGCGCUUGAAAAUAUCUGGAAGGGUCUGGAACCGGUAUAAACAGAACAGUGUCUUGCUUGGUGUUUCACCUGCGAUUUCAAUUUCAGUUUGUUUUAUUCAAUAUUUGUACACACUGUGCCUGGAAACCAUAUCUGAUCAUCGUGUUUUUGAGGAUCGAAGUUCAUUUGUAAUUGUCAAGUUUAACAAGGACUUCGGUGAUCAUGUCUUCUGAAUGGGACUGGUUUUGUGGUGUGAACUACACUCUUAAUUCUGGCACAGGAUUGAACAACUCGUGUUUAAUCAACGGCAUCAUCGUAGUCCCACAGCUAGGUUUCGUCGUUAUUUCAUCUCUCAUCCUCACUUUCCUCGCCGUCUGCUCUACAUCUGAGAGACAAAGCUGUUCCAAGUAUCUCCUGCGUCUUCCAGGCCACACCCCAAGAUGGCUUCUGACCUACGUCCUUCUUGUCCUAACACUCUCCUUCUUAGCAGAAGGUAUUCUGACCAACGAUACCUACCUCGCCAACUCCUUGCCACAUCAACCACAUCUCUAUGUUGUAGGAGUGACGAUGUUUCUUGGCGCAAUACUAUCCAUUGUUUAUUACCACAUGAUGGAGAAAUGGCGUGAACGUCACAUGGCUUGGCUUCUUGUCGUGUACUGGAUGGUAUCGUUGCUGUCAAUGAUCGUUUACAUGAUUCAUAUUGUAAAUAUCGGAGAGGCAGAAUGGACAAGAGUUAGAUUUGACUUGGCACUCGGGCUUAUCUUCCUGAUGACCAUGAUGGUCAUUAUCGAGACAGUACUGUGUACUAGCAUGUUUGGCGCAUGCGUGGAUUUUCAAAGUCCUCCGGCUGACACGAAAAAGGAGAAUAUGAACUUCUUCCAUGACUAUGCAGCCUUGCCUUCGUCCUUGACAUAUUGGUGGAUGGACUGGCUAUUUACAUUGGGUUACAGAAAACCGAUUGAACCAAGUGAUCUAGGCAGUAUUCCUGACAAGCAUACAUCAGAUGCCAUCCAUGCAAGAUUCAAGAAGAACUACCUUAAAGAGAAGAACAGAGCGCAUUUAAACGGACAGAACGCCAACCUCUGGCGCGUAUACCUUCAAACAUACGGGCUUCGUAUGGCGAUAGCAGGCAUGUUCAAACUCACCGCUGACAUGUUGCAGUUUGUUGGACCACUAUGUAUCAGUGGAAUAGUCAACUUUGUCACAGAUGCACUUUACGUCACAUCCGGUGAAAAGAAGAUGAUCCCUAGUCCUCACCAUGUGACUGUGACGGAGUUCCUGGCCAAUGGGUAUGUCCUGGUAGGCUGCAUCACAGUAUCAGCAUUUGCAAGACACACCUUUGAUCAGACAUAUUACUUCUGGACCGCAGUAGAAGGAGUUCAUAUAAAGUCAGCUAUCCAGAGUUUGGUGUACGAAAAAUCGCUCAGACUGUCAACAUAUGCCAUGUCAGGUGGUAUGAUGUCAAUGGGUCAGGUGACCAAUCACAUGUCUGUGGAUGCAACCAAUCUUCAAUUCUUCUUCAACUUCGGCAAUGAGCUUUGGAUAAUACCAAUACGGAUUGCACUCACACUUGUUCUACUCUACAUGCAGCUAGGUGCCCCAUCCCUGAUAGGUUCUUCUUUGUUCUUCAUUGUAAUACCAAUUCAAAUAUUCAUAGCAACAGCAACUGCAAGAUUUACAAAAGAAGUGUUGAUUCGUUCCGAUAAACGAUUGAAAAGUUCAAAUGAGUUACUAGAAGGCAUCAAGGUACUAAAGCUCUACGGAUGGGAGCGAUUGUUUGAAGAAGGCAUCAAGAAGUUGAGAGCAUAUGAGCUCGACAAACUUUUUCAAGUUUAUUCACUAUCGGCAAUAAAUUUUGUUACGAAUUCGGGAACUCCUAUCCUUGUAAAUUUACUGUCGUUCACUACGUACACAGCCAUAACGGGAAAUGUUUUAGCUCCAGACGUAGCAUUUUCCUCACUCUCUUUCUUUAACAACCUGACAUCGCCUAUGUUUAUAUUCCCCUACGUCAUAAGUCUUUUUGUGAACGCUCACGUGAGCACCAAGAGGCUUCAGUCUUACUUCAGUGGACCGGAAGUUGAAGGUAGUCCCCUCAAUGACUUGCCCAAUGGUAGUACAGAUUAUGAUCAGAUGUCUGUGUCAGUCCGACGCUGUCGUUCAAAGGAUCAGACGAAUUCUAAGGGGGACGAGCUUGAAAUUGAAUCUUCUAGGCUGCUGGAUAGCCAUGGAAACGGUGGAUCGAAUUACGGAUCAAUGCAAAAGUCGUCAUCCUCAUUGCCAUCUGAUGUUGCCAUUAGGAUAACUAACGGAAGUUACACUUGGGAUCCGUAUUCCACAGCACCUAUCAUUAGAGAUCUCAAUAUUGACAUUCCGGCAGGUCAACUUACAGUGGUGAUAGGAACUGUUGGAAGUGGCAAGUCCUCCUUGUUACAAGCUAUAAUGGGAGAGAUGACGACGCUGCGUGGCAAUAUCAAUAUCAGGGAAGGAUCGAAAACUGCUUUUAGUCCCCAGAAGGCGUGGUUAAUCAAUGCAACACUGAAGGAAAACAUAUUAUUUGGAACUGAAAAUGAUAAAACCAAGUACCAGAAAGUUGUAGAUGCGUGUGCUCUUGGUCCAGAUAUCGCGAUGUUACCUGGAGGAGAUCAUACAGAGAUUGGUGAGAAAGGUAUCAACCUGAGUGGUGGACAGAAACAGCGAGUCAGUGUAGCUAGGACCAUGUAUUCUGACAGAGAUAUCGUCAUAUUGGACGAUCCUUUGUCGGCCCUCGACAUGCAUGUUGGUGCUCAUCUCUUCGAGAAUGGUAUCCUCAAGAUUCUCAAGAAACAGAAACGAACCAUUAUCCUCGUCACCCAUCAAUUACAGUAUUUACCAGAGGCUGAUAAGAUCAUCGUUAUGAAGGAUGGUCAGAUUGAACUCCAGGGUGACCCGGAAGAAAUUGCCAAGGCUGACCCUUCACUGUGUGCUGAUUGGCAGAGAGCUCUGCGGGUAUUUAGUGAAUCAGAGGCUGAGUUAUCGGGAAAUGAAUCGGAAGCUCUUCAGGAGGAGAGGUUAUCACUCAAGAAACAAGUCGCUAAGUUACAACAGACAACGAUUUUAUCCACAGAGUCGUCCCAAAAUGAAAAUGCCGAGACAGAAAAGGGGCGACUCAUAGUUAAAGAAGACCAAGAGACAGGAUCGGUAGAAUCCAGGAUCUACUUCUUCUACUUUAAAUCAAUGAAUUACUGGGUAACAUUGGGUAUAUUAGUGACGGUGGCAGCAAGGGCAGGUACCCAGAUUGGUAGUAAUUUCUUUCUUGCCGAUUGGUCUGAGAUUAGCGUUACUACUAACGAUACACAGGAAAUCCUAGACCAGACGAAUUUUUACAUCACAUAUUACAGCGUGUUGUCAGCUUUGACCAUUCUCAUGAGGAUCUGUUCCAUCAUCUUCAUCACUGCUGGUGCUUACCUUGCUGCUAAGUCACUUCAUAUCAAGAUGCUUGAUAAUAUUAUCUCUAUACCGAUGAGGUUCUUUGACACAACACCAACUGGAAGAUUCAUGAAUAGGUUGUCAUUUGAUACCCAAAUGAUUGAUCAGAGGAUUAUUCAGAGUAUAAGGAUGUUCAUCAAUACACUAUCGAUGGUUUUAUCGUCUUUGAUCGUCAACAUAGCUGUCAACAUCUACUUCAUUAUCUUUGUCAUCCCAACCGUUAUCACCUUCAUCGUACUGCUGGUUUACUACUUGAAAACGUCAAGAGAGCUCCAGCGUUGUGAAAGUGUUACACGAUCACCGAUCUUCUCUCAUUUUUCAGAGACCCUUGGAGGACUGCCCACAAUAAGAGCAUAUCAGGACGAGAAGAGAUUCUUCAAGAUUUCUCAAGAAAGAAUCUUGGUCAACAAUAGAGUGUUUCUCUACCUUGUCGCAGCUCAGAGAUGGGUUGCUAUACGACUUGACUACCUUGGAGCACUCAUAGUAACGGUCUCCAGCCUAACUGUCCUGAUAGGGGCAUUUUAUCUUGGUAUCGAUGUGAGCUACGUGGGACUGGCCAUAUCUUAUUCACUUGAGAUUGCGCUAUACUUAAACCGAAACGUAAGGGCAGCUGCUGACAUUGAACUACAAAUGAAUGCGGUAGAAAGAGUGCAGUACUAUAUAGAAGUACCUUCAGAAGAUUAUACAGGUGACGAUCCUCCUGAUGAGUGGCCGACAGAGGGUAAGAUUAAAGUAGACAACAUACACGUCAGGUAUGGAGAAGAACUAGAUACGGUGCUGAAAGGACUAUCUCUGUCUAUUCCGGCUCAAUCAAAGAUUGGUAUCUGUGGACGUACUGGGAGUGGCAAGUCCUCUUUGACUCUCGCACUCUUUCGAAUGAUACAAACCUGUAAAGGCCGUAUCAUCAUCGACGGAAUCGACAUCGCUACCGUACCUCUCCGCACACUUCGACAGCGACUUUCCAUUAUCCCACAAGAUGCCUUCCUCUUUACGGGAACUAUCAGGAAUAAUUUGGAUCCAACUAGUGUAAAAGGUGAUACAGACUUAUGGCAAGCUCUUGAGAUUGCGCAACUGAAAGAUGUAGUACAACAGUUAGACGGUGGUUUAGAUUACGAAGUAACUGAAGGAGGUGAUAACUUCAGCGUAGGUCAGCGUCAACUAUUUUGCCUUGCACGAGCUUUCCUGAGAAACUCCAGGAUAGUCAUCAUGGAUGAAGCUACUGCAUCGAUAGAUCAAGAAACGGAUAGUAUACUACAAGAUGCAGUGGCUGAUACAUUUCAAGAUCGAACUGUCCUCACAAUAGCGCAUCGUGUUGGCACAAUUCUUGACUCCGAUACCAUCCUUACUCUACAAGAGGGCAAGAUAAUUGAGUUUGACUCUCCCACUGUGCUUCUAGAGAGGGAACACAGUGUGUUUGCAUCGCUGGUCAAAGCCGGGAAAUAAUGUAAUCAGGGCGUGAUGUACAACUUGCAUUGGAAUAGGAUACACAAAGGGCUGCUUGAUUAAAUUAAAAUGUGAAAUACGGUAUAUGACGAAAAUUAAUAAAUGUUCUUGAAGGAAUAGAGACAGACAGUUUCAUUUGGAAAUGUUAUGAAAUUGAUGAUUUAUUCACCGACUUGCAAGUUUUCUCACGUUCUUCUCGGAAAAACGGGUCGGGUCUGUGAUCUUACAGUGUCGCCACACAUGAUAAUUGUAUACUGAACUGAAAUUUAUUUAAGAUAUAAGCACCGAAGACCUAGACGGGAUUUCGUCACAGUUUUAUGGUUUAUUAUAUGAAUGUGUAAUUUGUUAAUUUGAACAUCUAUAUUUGUGUUUUUAUAUCGACAUAAUAUUGAAAGCACAAACCCACAAGAAUAGCUGAUCAAAAGAGAAAAGUGAGUAGACCCUUUACAAACCAUUGGCCAUUUUUUCUAACAAAGUGUUUUUGAUCCCAAAAUUAAAGUUGAAUAUACCCUACUUACUUGUUUUGAUUUUAAGGGCUCCAGUGGAACCGCGUGUCAAACAGAAAGUCUUAGGGCAAAGUAUAUGAAUAAUUUAACAAAAUCUGUAUUUUCUCUUUCUCUUUUCAUGUAUCAUGACAUGUUUUAAUUAUGGCUUUUUAAACAAUGCGUGUUUUUUUUUUAGAUCUAUUUGCAAUUUAUGCAUUUGUAAAAAAAAAAAGGUAAUCAAGUAUGAACCACUAUCCUUUCCAUUUAAUGAAAAUGAAUAUAUUAAGAACAACUGAUGUAAGGUUUGAAUAUUUUGGACAAUUGUGAAUGUUUUAAUACUAAUUGCAUAAUCAUUGAAAUUAUUAUACCAAAGAUAUCUGGUGAACAUUACUUCGAACAUUCCAAUUAAAAUAAUUCUAUAACCGGUGUUUGUGUAUCUUGAUCGUUGUACAAUUAAUAAUCUGAAAAGAGGCUUUAUUUUUUAAGGCUGAAAUUGAUAUCUACAUAGGGCAUGAACCUAAUGAUUAAAACCCGGACUGAGUUGAUAAUUCAUGCACAAUAUAUGGCUUAUUAUAUUCACUCGCGUUCGUAAUCACUCGCGUCGGGUUGGUAAUCACACGCGUUUUUGAUUUUGGGCGAUUUUUUUUUUUUCGGUGCGAUUUUUUUUCUAACGGUAUCUUCAAUGGGACAAACGUACUGAAAAAAAUAAAAUGAAAUUGUAAUUCGAGUUUCGUUUUAUUUUAAGCUGGUAAGUGCCUUAAAUAAAACGUUCUCGACCACUGUUUUAAGAUAACAAGCAAAUUUUGACUACUGUUUUAACAUAAUCACAUUCCACAUCUUAAAUCUUAGAGCCAUAGGCGGCGGAAGCGGGGGGGGGGGGGGCUCCCCCUAAAAAAAAGAGAGAGGGGGGGGGGGGAGAAAGGAAGGGAAAGAGAAAGAAAGAAAGAAAAAAGACAGACAGAAAGAAAGAAGCAAGGAAAAAAGGAGAAAGAAAGGAGAAAAGGAAUAAAGAAGAAAAAGGAGGAAAGGCUACUCUCGAUUUAGCUUUGCCUUUGGAGGAUUUUCCUGAAGUCUGUGGUAUUCUUUAUAAAGCAUAGUGAGGUGCUACAAUUUCAUAAUAUCACUAUUUAUUUGCUUCUUCCUUUCUUUGUGAAUUAUUCUACACUAACGUAAAAAUAAGGGAGGAAAAAAGUGCUGAAGAAGAAAAGCAAGAAGGAGGAGGAGAAGUAGAAGAAGAAAAAAGAAGAUGGAGGACAUAAGGGGGUAAAAAUAAAAUUAAAAAGAGAAAAUUGAGGAGAGGAUGUAGAAGAAGAGAAAGAGAAGAUAACAUAAGGGGAAGACUGAGAAGAGAAAAGGAAGAAGUGAGAAGGGAGAUGAACAAUAAGGACAAAUACAGAG